ACAUACACAGAUUCCUAAAAAACCGGACAAUGCGUCCUUCUACUAGUAUACGCUUAAAGUCAUUGGGACGUAUGGCAAUUGCUUCCUUUUGGGACGCACUGUCGAUUGAUUCAUGUCUCGUCCUUUUCCAAUCUGUCUCUCGUCACGCAGUGCAGGACACGUUGUCUCGCUCUCUGGGAAAAACCUUAUUGAUUUGGCCAUUUCCCCUCAAGUUAGCUUCUAGAGUCUCAAACCACUUCACAAUAUCUUCCAUUCUUUUAUAGUGUGUCCGACGCCUCCAUGUGCUGACGAUCCUUGCUUGAAUGGAGGCGAGUGUAGACAAUCUGCAGCAUGUCAAUACACAUGUACAUGCCUACCAGGUUUCUCAGGACCUAACUGUGUUGAUGGAGAUGUCUGCUUAAGUAACCCUUGUCAACACGAUGGUGACUGCAUCUCAUUUACCAAUCCUAAUCUCUAUGUGUGCAUCUGUAGGGGGAGUUGGAGUGGCAUCAAUUGCGAAAGUAGUGAGUGUGAUAGCAAUCCCUGCGUCAAUGGAGGGACCUGUCAGAUGUCUGAUGAUGGACGGUUCACUGGAUGUACGUGCCCCCUUAGCUUUAUAGGAGUGCAUUGCUCAUCAAUAAACUACUGUCAGAAUGAUCCUUGCAAGAACUCUGGAAAUUGCGAAUCAUUUAAAAACACAUUCAUAUGUACGUGUGCUCUCGGAUGGGACGGACUUCAGUGUGAAAUACCUUAUCCUUGUGAAACCGAUCCAUGUUCAGAGUACGGAGCUUGUCAUAACAAUGGUACCCAGUUUUACUGUCAAUGUGACUCGGGAUGGAUUGGCCAAUUAUGUGACAUAGUUGAUACAUGUGUAAACGACCCAUGCCUGAACGGAGGGGUAUGUACUGUCACUGGAUCACACUAUACAUGUAGCUGUGAAGUCGGAUAUUCGGGAGAUAUCUGCCAAUUUGAGAAUGCUUGUGUAUUGGUUGAUCCGUGUAUGAAUGGAGCAGCAUGCAUGUAUAUGCCUUUAACUGAUAACUACACCUGUCAAUGUGUUGCGGGGUAUAGAGGGAUCAAUUGUGAAAAGGUUGAUCUCUGUUACUCCAUGCCCUGUCAAUACAAUGGUGUAUGUCAAUAUGUUGGAGAUACAAACAUCACAUGUACAUGCCAGCAGGGAAGAGUGGGAGAAUUCUGCCAAGAAGAUGAUGUAUGCUUACCUAACCAGUGUCAGAAUAACGGCUCAUGUAUCAACAUAGAAUUAACACAUUUCUCAUGCUUGUGUGAACCCGGAUGGACAGGAGAUGUUUGUCAAAUCGAGGAUUCAUGUUUGAGCGACCCAUGCAAGAACGAAGGAGAUUGUUUACUAACCAACCCUGGUUACCUAUGUGUAUGUCCUCCUGGCUGGUUAGGGAUCAUCUGUGAUAUAGAAGACGCUUGUACGAGCAUGCCAUGUAAGAACCAAGGAACCUGUAAUCCAAUAUUGAGCGUUGAGUCGAACGACACAUCAGACUACAACUGUACAUGUCUCCCUGAAUUCACUGAUUACAACUGUGAAAGAAGCAACGAAUGUUAUAGCAGUCCCUGUCUAAAUGAUGGUAACUGUACUCUACUGGAGAAGGUUGGAUACCAAUGCUCAUGCCAACAAGGAUUUAUUUCACAUAACUGUGAUAUAGUUGACUCGUGUUUCUCGAAUCCGUGUCUAAACGAAGGAACAUGUACAACCUUUCCUGAUUCUAUCAUAAACGGAACAGCUCUAUUCAACUGUAUGUGUCAUUCUGAAUUCUUUGGAGAAACCUGUGAAAUAGUUGAUGCGUGUUUCUCCGAUCCCUGUCUAAACGAAGGAACAUGUAUGACCUUUCCUGAUUAUAUCAUCAAUGGAACAGCUCAAUUCAACUGCACAUGUCAUUCUGAAUUCUUUGGAGAAACAUGUGAAAUAGUCGACCCAUGUUUCAUGAAUCCGUGUCUAAACGAAGGAACAUGUACAACCUUUCCUGAUUCUGUCAUCAACGGAACAGCUCUAUUCAACUGCACAUGUCAUUCUGAAUUCUUUGGAGAAACAUGUGAAAUCGUUGAUCCGUGUUUUUCGAAUCCGUGUCUAAACGAAGGAACGUGUACAACCUUUCCUGAUUCUAUCAUCAACGGAACAGCUCUAUUCAACUGCACAUGUCAUUCUGAAUUCUUUGGAGAAACGUGUGAAAUAGUUGAUCCAUGUUUCUCGAAUCCGUGUCUGAACGAGGGAACAUGUACAACCUUUCCUGAUUCUAUCAUUAACGGAACAGCUCAAUUCAACUGCACAUGCCAUUCAGAAUUCUUUGGAGAAACAUGUGAAAUCGUUGAUCCAUGUUUCUUCGAUCCGUGUCUAAACGAAGGAAAGUGUACAACCUUUCCUGAUUCUAUCAUCAACGGAACAGCUCUAUUCAACUGCACGUGUCGUUCUGAAUUCUUUGGAGAAACAUGUGAAAUAGUUGAGCCAUGUUUCUUGAAUCCCUGUCUAAACGAAGGAACAUGUACAACCUUUCCUGAUUCUAUCAUCAACGGAACAGCUCGAUUCAACUGCACAUGUCAUUCAGAAUUCUUUGGAGAAACAUGUGAAAUCGUUGAUCCAUGUUUUUCGAAUCCGUGUCUAAACGAAGGAACAUGUACAACCUUUCCUGAUUCUAUCAUAAACGGAACAGCUCUAUUCAACUGCACAUGUCAUUCAGAGUUCUUUGGAGAAACAUGUGAAAUAGUUGACCCAUGUUUCUUUGAUCCGUGUCUAAACGAAGGAACAUGUACAACCUUUCCUGAUUCUAUCAUCAACGGAACAGCUCUAUUCAACUGCACAUGUCAUUCUGAAUUCUUUGGAGAAACAUGUGAAAUAGUCGACCAAUGUUUCUCAAUACCCUGUCUAAACGAAGGAACAUGUACAACCUUUCCUGAUUCUAUCAUCAACGGAACAGCUCAAUUCAACUGCACAUGUCAUUCUGAAUUCUUUGGGGAAACAUGUGAAAUAGUUGAUCCAUGUUUCUCGAAGCCGUGUCUAAACGAAGGGACGUGUACAACCUUUCCUGAUUCUAUCAUCAACGGUACAGCUCUAUUCAACUGCACAUGUCAUUCUGAAUUCUUUGGAGAAACAUGUGAAAUCGUUGAUCCGUGUUUUUCCGAUCCCUGUCUAAACUCGGGAUCAUGUACGACAUUUCCUGAUUCUAUCAUCAACGGAACAGCUCUAUUCAACUGCACAUGUCAUUCAGAAUUCUUUGGAGAAACAUGUGAAAAAGUUGAUCCAUGUUACUCGAAUCCGUGUCUAAAUGAAGGAACAUGUACAACCUUUCCUGAUUCUAUCAUCAACGGAACAGCUUUAUUCAACUGUACAUGUCAUUCUGAAUUCUUUGGAGAAACAUGUGAAAUCGUUGAUCCGUGUUUUUCCGAUCCCUGUCUAAACACGGGAUCAUGUACAACCUUUCCUGAUUCUAUCAUCAACGGAACAGCUCUAUUCAACUGCACAUGUCAUUCAGAAUUCUUUGGAGAAACAUGUGAAAUUGUUGAUCCAUGCUUCUCGAAUCCGUGUCUAAACGAAGGAACGUGUACAUUUUUCCCUGAUUCUAUCAUAAACAGAACAGCUCUAUUCAACUGCACAUGUCAUUCAGAAUUCUUUGGAGAAACAUGUGAAAUUGUUGAUCCGUGUUUCUCGGAUCCGUGUCUAAACGAAGGAACAUGUACAACCUUUCCUGAUUCUAUCAUCAACGGAACAGCUCAAUUCAACUGCACAUGUCAUUCUGAGUUCUUUGGAGAAACAUGUGAAAUCGUUGACCCAUGUUUCUUGAAUCCGUGUCUUAACGAAGGGACGUGUACAACCUUUCCUGAUUCUAUCAUCAACGGAACAGCUCUAUUCAACUGCACAUGUCAUUCUGAAUUCUUUGGAGAUACAUGUGAAAAAGUCGACCCAUGCUUCUUGAAUCCGUGUCUAAGCGGCGGAACAUGCACAACUUUUCCUGAGUCUAUUAUCAACGGAACAGCUCUAUUCAACUGUACAUGUCAUUCUGAAUUCUUUGGAGAAACAUGUGAAAUAGUCGACCCAUGUUUCUUCGAUCCGUGUCUAAAUGAAGGAACAUGCACAACAUUUCCUGAUUCUAUCAUCAACGGAACGGCUCUUUUCAACUGCACAUGUCAUUCUGAAUUCUUCGGAGAAACAUGUGAAAUAGUCGACCCGUGUUCCUUCGAUCCGUGUCUAAACGAAGGAACAUGUACAACUUUACCUUAUUCUAUCAUCAACGGAACAGCUCUAUUCAACUGCACAUGUCAUUCUGAAUUCUUUGGAGAAACAUGUGAAAUAGUCGACCUAUGUUUCUUGAAUCCCUGUCUAAACGAAGGAGCAUGUACAACCUUUCCUGAUUCUAUCAUCAACGGAACAGCUCUAUUCAACUGUACAUGUCAUUCUGAAUUCUUCGGAGAAAUAUGUGAAAUAGUUGACCCAUGUUUCUUGAAUCCCUGUCUAAACGGAGGAACAUGUACAACCUUUCCUGAUUCUAUCAUCAACGGAACAGCUCUAUUCAACUGCACAUGUCAUUCUGAAUUCUUUGGAGAUACAUGUGAAAUAGUCGACCCAUGUUUCUCGAAUCCAUGUUUAAACACGGGAACAUGCACAACUUUUCCUGAUUCCAUCAUCAACGGAACAGCUCAAUUCAACUGCACAUGCCAGUCUAAAUUUUUUGGAGAUACAUGUGAAAAAGUUGACCCGUGUUUCUACGAUCCGUGUCUAAACGAAGGAACAUGUACAACCUUUCCUGAUUCUAUCGUCAACGGAACAGCUCUAUUCAACUGUUCAUGUCAUUCUGAAUUCUUCGGAGAAACAUGUGAGAUAGUUGACCCAUGUUUCUUGAAUCCCUGUCUAAACGAAGGAACAUGUACAACCUUUCCUGAUUCUAUCAUCAACGGAACAGCUCUAUUCAACUGCACAUGUCAUUCUGAAUUCUUCGGAGAAACAUGUGAAAUAGUCGACCCUUGUUUCUUCGAUCCGUGUCUAAACGAAGGAACAUGUACAACUUUUCCUGAUUCUAUCAUCAACGGAACAGCUCUAUUCAACUGCACAUGUCAUUCUGAAUUCUUUGGAGAAACAUGUGAAAUAGUCGACCUAUGUUUCUUGAAUCCCUGUCUAAACGAAGGAGCAUGUACAACCUUUCCUGAUUCUAUCAUCAACGGAACAGCUCUAUUCAACUGUACAUGUCAUUCUGAAUUCUUCGGAGAAAUAUGUGAAAUAGUUGACCCAUGUUUCUUGAAUCCCUGUCUAAACGAAGGAACAUGUACAACCUUUCCUGAUUCUAUCAUCAACGGAACAGCUCUAUUCAACUGCACAUGUCAUUCUGAAUUCUUUGGAGAUACAUGUGAAAUAGUCGACCCAUGUUUCUUCGAUCCGUGUCUAAACGAAGGAACAUGUACAACCUUUCCUGAUUCUAUCAUCAACGGAACAGCUUUAUUCAACUGUACAUGCCAUUCAGAAUUCAUUGGUGGAACUUGCGAAAGAGCACACCCAUGUUUGAACAACCCAUGUAUGAAUGGAGGGAUAUGUACACCAUAUGGAAAUGGGUUUACAUGUGAGUGCACAGGCACGUUUGGUGGAGAUAAAUGUUCCGAAGAUAUAGGUGACUGCUCGAGUAGUCCAUGCAUAAAUGGAGCCUGUAGUACGGAUCAAUAUGGAUGGUUAUGUAACUGUGAAGAAGGCUAUGCUGGAAUCACAUGUAGUGAGGAGACAGAUCCAUGUGAUGGAAGGCCUUGUGCUAAUGGCGGUAUAUGUAAUAAAAAUGAGACUGACUAUUUCUGCGUGUGCCCCAUUACACACUCUGGCAAGAACUGUCAAACUGCUACACCAUGUACGAUUAAUUCAUGUAAGAAUGGCGGAACGUGCAUGUACUCUGGUGAUGACUACACGUGUUCAUGUACAACUCAGUGGACAGGAACAAAUUGCAUAGAAGUCCAUGUCAUACUAGUCCGUGUAAUAAUGGCGGAGAAUGCAGUCAUGCGAAUGGACGCGCUUACUGUACAUGCAGUGUAGGAUGGACAGGACCAACCUGUGUAAAACCUCUUCACUGUGUGUCUUCACCCUGCCGUAAUGGAGGUACUUGUGAGGAGUGUGGUCAAGGAUUCUGCUGCGUGUGUGUCGAGGGGCUCAGCGGAAUAAGAUGCGAAAUGG